AUGGCCCUACACAUCGCCAUUCUCCCUACUCCAGGCAUCGGCCACCUCAUCCCAUUGGCCGAAUUCGCCCGGAAGCUCUACCGCCGCCACCAAAUCUCCUCCACAUUCAUCAUCCCCACCGACCAAGACGCCCCCUUUUCCCCCCGCCAGCAAACCCUCCUCGCCACCCUCCCUCCGCCCAUCAACCACCUCCUCCUCCCCGCCGUCAACCUCCACGACUUGCCGCCCGACGUCCGCGCCGAGACUCGCAUCGCCCUUACCGUCGCACGCUCUCUGCCGUCCAUCCGCGCCGCCUUCAAAUCCCUCCUCUCCUCCUCCAGUCCGAUUGCCGCCGUCGUUGUUGACCUCUUCGGAACAGACGCAUUCGAAAUCGCUCGCGAAUUCCAACUCCCUCCCUACAUCUUCUUCCCCUCCACCGCCACGUGUCUCUCCCUCUUCCUCCACCUGCUGGAGCUUCACCGAACCACGCCGUCGGAGUACCGUGACUCUCCAGAACCCUUCCGCCUUCCCGGCUGCACUCCUAUUAGCGGCGAAGACCUCGUCGACCCUCUCCAGGACAGGUCCAACUCAGCCUACCAAUGGAUUCUUCACUACUGUAGACGAUAUCCAUUAGCAGAAGGAAUCAUCGUCAACACCUGCACCCAGUUGGAGCCCGGUCCCAUCAAAGCUCUGCAACUGCAAAUACCCAAUUUGGAAAACCCUAACCCUAAAAUCUACCCAAUCGGGCCUCUGACGCACAGCGCUGCAAUUUCCAAUCAAAUGACGGGACCUUCAAGCUCCAGCAUCAUCCUCCAAUGGCUGAAUCAGCAGCCGAUCGGUUCAGUGCUAUACGUCUCCUUCGGCAGCGGUGGCAGCCUCCGCCAUGAGCAGCUAAUUGAGCUCGCGCUAGGGCUGGAGCUCAGCGAGCAACGGUUUUUAAUGGUGGUGAGGUGCCCCAGCGACAAAUCGGCCAGCGCCGGAUAUUUCAGCACCGACGACUCGAGCGAUCCGUUGUCGUAUUUGCCGGACGGAUUUCUGGACCGGACGGCGGGGCGCGGCCUGGCGGUGCCGUUCUGGGCGCCGCAGGUGGAGAUAUUAGAGCACAGGUGUACUGGGGGGUUUCUGACGCACUGCGGGUGGAAUUCGACACUGGAGAGCGUGGUGAGCGGGGUGCCAUUGCUGCUGUGGCCGCUUUUUGCGGAGCAGAGGAUGAAUGCUGUGAUGCUUCAUGAGGAAUUGAAGGUCGGGGUGAGGGUGCUGUCGGAGAGUGGCGGCGGAGGGGCGGUGGUGGGGAGGGAGGCGGUUGCGAGGGCUGUCAGGGAUUUGAUGGGAGGGGAUAUUGGGGAUAGAAAUCGGAGUCGGAUUAGGGAUUUGAAGAUAGGGGCGGCGGCCGCCAUUGGAGAGGGUGGAGCUUCUGCACAGGCGUUCGAUCAGUUGGCGGAGAGGUGGAAGGAAGAAGGAGCGAGGCGGAAGUAAGAGUCGUCGUGAGUGUUGCUCUCGCGGUGAAUCUUAGCCGUUGGGUCUCAGAUUUGGAAUUAAAAAUAGUGAUUUCGUGCUUUUAAUUGUGAUCACAUAGUGUGAUUAUUAUCGUGUAAAGAUUAGAUAUUUUUAAAUAAUGAUUUACAGUA